GAUCAAUUCUGUUUUGUUUUGGUCGACUCAGUUCAGAGUGAAAAAUAAAAAGUACAAUUGGAAAAAGUAACUCUAAUUGGGGUUUUCGUUUUAGGCAGAUUAAGAUAACCAUUUUAUUGUCUUAGCACCUCGUUUAAAAUGAAUACUGCUAUUAAUAUAGGUGUAGAGGACAUGACUGUAACUAUAGUUCGCUAUGGGUUAUAUUUAGGUGCGAUAUUCCAAAUAGUUUGUCUAGUAGCUUGUAUUUUUAUAUCUGACUCACCAGAAGAUAAUCUUUCAUGGGGCUCAAGGAUCGACAGUGAUGAUGAAAGUUCUGAACAAAGUACCCCACAAAAUACUCCAAGAAGGCCUUAUCAUAGAGGCAGAAAGCAAGAGAAGAAAAAGAGACGUUAAAGUGUAGACAUAUUUAGUCAGUAUUAUCUGUGGAAUUAUGAUUUUCUAUUUGUGUGAUAUUAACUCAUUUUAAAAGCUUUCUUAGUGUUAGGUGGAUAUCCUAUUAUUUCUUUUAUAACUGAAAACUAUUUUAUUUAGUUUUAAGAGAUUGAAAUCACUAUGGAGAAUGUUAAUUAGUGAUUUAUAGUAUAGCAAACAACUUUUAUUUUGCAAUUUUUACUGUAAAAACAAAGAUGUAUUAUAAAAUAUAUCCUGAAGAUCAAUACAAUAUAAUAAUAUGGCUUUACACUUAAAC